AUAGAAUUCAGGAUCUUUGAGAUGGGCGAUGAGGACGAAAUCAUAGUGAAGAAGAAGCGUGUCAAAAUCAAGAAAAAAGUGGAAUCUGAUGACGAGGAAGAACAGAGUGAUGCAAUCGAUAUGGAAUACGAUGUGGUCAUCUGCAAUGAACUGCCAAACACCGAACUCUAUCGGGUACACUUUCCAGUACGAAAAAAGGACGCUUUUGAUCAGGAAAGGAAUCCACGUGUACGGUAUAAGAAGAACGUUCGCAUGAUGGAGAUGCGCUUGUCGGCAGACAUUUCAAGUGGAUCGUUCGACAAGAACAAAGCUGAACGUUUUGCUGCCAUGACGUCUCCGGUCGUGAAACAGGAGGACUUUCCAGCCCCAUCAAAAUAUGAAGAAAUCUAUGAAGGUCGUGCAUACGGAAGGGAUGAUUUCGUCGAAUUCGCCGUAGGGUAUUUUAGGGACGAUACGUUUUACAUGAGUCCUGUUUCGGGAACUUUUGAAAUGCAUCGUUCACUUUCUCAUCUAAAUAAUGCCAGUAAAGGGCGUGAUAAUGAAGGCGAAGAUGGUGAGUCGGACGGUGAGAAUCCAGGUGGCAGUGGGCAGCAGAUACGAGUAAAAUUCUCCCGUCCUGAAACUGAGAGGCAGAAAAAACGCCGUGAAGCCAGUGCGCUACAUAGAGAAAAGUUGAUAGCAAGCGACUCGUGGAUACCGAUGCAGGUUCAUCUCAAAGAGGAUCCUUUGGUUAUGGAGAAACUUUCUCAGCUGACCGUCACCCCGAAACUAGAACCCGAGUCAUUGAGUUUGAAUACGCGAGAUCUCGUAGAACAUGGCAUUGUCUGUGGAGAAAAGGAACAAGUUGAUCUCACUCGCAGUGAUUUAUUGGUCUCUCAACAACGUAUUCGAGAAAUGCCCAUUCAUCAGCAGGUCAAAGCACAGGUUUUGAAAUCACGAGUAAUAACAACUGACGAUGUGAUAAAACGAGUUGAUCCGUCACUCACUCGUGAGGAUGUCAUCGAGGACUUGAAGCAAUGUGCACGUCUUGUUCAAGGUGUCUGGGUACUUCAGUCUGAUUUUUUGUUCCACGAUCUCACUGCUGUGCACUCAACAUCAGCAGGAAAGCUUGACGAGCAUCGCUCACAAGUAUGGCGUGAUGCACGAGAUCUCGCUUUAUGCCUUAUCGAUGCGGGCCAACCAGUCACACGCGCACUACUAACCAAGUGCUUCCAACUCGAUUCGAAAGAUGCCGUAGACAUUCUAUCCACUUUUGCCAUACGCGGCAACAGGACCUGGAAGCUGCGAAUACUGCCUGAUCCCGUUUUCCUCGAAAGCCCAGAAAAUGCAGCUCUUGUCUUGGAGCAACGGCGUUUCUGGAUGGAAAGAUGGGCAGAACUUUGUAAACGAAUUGAUAUCUCUCUAUCCUCUUUGGCGCCUUCUCGUGCUCGUAGAAAUAGUUCGAGGGGAAGUCCAACAAAAAGCCCUCCUCAGGCUAGACGGCUUGGUCGUGGAAAUGUUACAAAAUAGCGCGCUUUUAGUACUUUGAUAAUACGUGAUGUCAUAAUACUUGAUUGACAGAGCCAGACUCCAUCGUAUGGUUUGGAUCUUGUAAUAAUUUCUCAGAUUAUGCAAAUAACUAUAGCUUGUUAGUUGAUAGUGUAUCGCAAACUCGGCUGUCGUUGUGCCUUUUUCAGUGGUAUUCGCUCUCAAACUAAAGAACUCAUCUGCACUGAAAAUCAUUUCAUGCUCAUAAUUGUGAUAAUUGUGGAAGUUUAUGAGAUUAUUGAAGCAGUUUACUUGUUUUGAUUGUUGAUUUGGAAAGUGUUGUUGUCUGUUA